AUGACCACUUUACUCUUGGUUUUUGUGACUCUGAGGGUCAUCACUGCAACCAUCUCAGUAGAAGUUUCAGACCAUGAGAACUCGCUGAGUGUGAGCAUCCCCCAGCCGUCCCCACUGAGGGUCCUCCUGGGGACCUCCCUUACCAUCCCCUGCUACUUCAUCGACCCCAUGCACCCUGUGACCACCGCCCCCUCCACUGCCCCCCUCGCCCCGAGAAUCAAGUGGAGCCGCAUCUCCAAGGAGAAGGAGGUGGUACUGCUGGUGGCCACUGAAGGACGGGUGCGGGUCAACAGUGCCUACCAAGACAGGGUCUCGCUGCCCAACUACCCGGCCAUCCCCAGCGACGCCACCUUGGAAGUCCAGAGCCUGCGCUCCAAUGACUCUGGGAUCUAUCGCUGUGAGGUGAUGCAUGGCAUUGAGGACAGCGAGGCCACCCUGGAGGUCGUGGUCAAAGGUAUCGUGUUCCAUUACAGAGCCAUCUCCACGCGCUACACCCUCGACUUUGACAGGGCGCAGCGGGCCUGCCUGCAGAACAGUGCCAUCAUUGCCACACCUGAGCAGCUGCAGGCUGCCUAUGAGGACGGCUUCCACCAGUGCGAUGCUGGCUGGCUGGCUGACCAGACUGUCAGGUACCCCAUCCACACUCCCCGGGAAGGCUGCUAUGGAGACAAGGACGAGUUUCCUGGUGUGAGAACCUACGGCAUCCGAGACACCAAUGAGACCUACGACGUGUACUGCUUCGCCGAGGAGAUGGAGGGUGAGGUCUUUUAUGCGACGUCUCCAGAGAAGUUCACUUUCCAAGAAGCAUCCAAUGAAUGCCGGCGGCUGGGCGCCCGGCUGGCCACCACCGGCCAGCUCUACCUGGCCUGGCAGAGCGGCAUGGACAUGUGCAGCGCGGGCUGGCUGGCUGACCGCAGCGUGCGCUAUCCCAUCUCCAAGGCCCGACCCAACUGUGGGGGCAACCUGCUGGGCGUGAGGACCGUCUACCUGCACGCCAACCAGACAGGCUACCCCGACCCCUCAUCCCACUAUGAUGCCAUCUGCUACACAGGUGAAGACUUUGUGGACAUCCCAGAAAACUUCUUCGGGGUGGGUGGUGAGGAGGACAUCACUGUGCAGACGGUGACCUGGCCUGACAUGGAGCUGCCGCUGCCCCGCAACAUCACCGAAGGUGAAGCCCGCGGCAGUGCGAUCCUCACCGUGAAGCCCAUCUUCAGCAUCCCCCCCACUGUGCCGGAGCUCGAGGAGCCCUUCACAUCAGCCCCUGACAUAGGGGCCACCGCCUCCCCUGAGGCUGAGAACAGGACUGGAGAGACCACCAGGCCCUGGAGCUUUCCCGAAGAAUCCACACCCGGGCUGGGCUCUGCCACGGCCUUCACCAGCGAGGACCUGGUCGUGCACGUGACCGCUGCCCCAGGUGCAGCCGAGGUCCCUGGGCAGCCACGCUUGCCAGGGGGGGUCGUGUUCCACUACCGCCCAGGAUCCACCCGCUACUCGCUGACCUUCGAGGAGGCGCAGCAGGCCUGCCUGAACACCGGGGCGGUCAUGGCCUCGCCCGAGCAGCUCCAGGCCGCCUACGAAGCAGGCUACGAGCAGUGUGACGCCGGCUGGCUGCAAGACCAGACUGUCAGAUACCCCAUUGUGAGCCCACGGACCCCGUGUGUGGGUGACAAGGACAGCAGCCCGGGGGUCAGGACCUACGGCGUGCGCCCGUCAUCAGAAACUUACGAUGUCUACUGCUAUGUGGAUAAGCUGGAGGGGGAGGUGUUCUUUGCCACACGCCUCGAGCAGUUCACCUUCCAGGAAGCAGUGGAGUUCUGUGAAUCCCACAACGCCACACUGGCCACCACUGGCCAGUUGUACGCCGCCUGGAGCCGUGGCCUGGACAAGUGCUAUGCCGGCUGGCUGGCUGAUGGCAGCCUCCGCUACCCCAUCGUCACUCCACGGCCCGCCUGUGGUGGGGACAAGCCAGGAGUGAGAACCGUCUACCUCUAUCCCAACCAGACAGGCCUCCCAGAUCCACAGUCCCGGCACCACGCCUUCUGCUUCCGAGGUGUUUCAGCAGUGACCUCUCCAGGAGAAGAGGAGCGUGGCACACCCACAGCACCAUCUGCUGUAGAGGACUGGAUUACUACCCAAGUAGUGCCUGGUGUGGCUGCUGUCCCCUCGGGAGAGGAGACAACUGCAGUCCCAGACUUCACCAUUGAACCAGAAAACCAGACAGAAUGGGAGCAAGUCUACACCCCAGGGGCCACAUCCCCACUGCCAGAGAUCCCUCCUACCUGGCCUCCCACUGGCACAGCAACAGAGGAAAGCACAGAAGGCCCUUCUACAGCUGAAGUUCCCUCUGCCUCGGAGGAGCCAUUCCCCUCGGAGGGGCCGUACACACUUUCACCCCCAGUGCCCAGUGGGACUCAGCUACCAGGCUCUUGGGAGGCAUCUGGGGCCCCUGACAUCAGUGGUGACUUCACAGGCAGUGGAGAAGCUUCAGGACACCCUGACUCCAGUUGGCAGCCCUCAGGGAGCAGUGCAAGUGGACUGCCAUCUGAAGACCUGGAAUCCAGUGGUCUCACCUCCACAGUGGGCUCAGGCCUGCCCAUGGAAAGUGGAUUGGCCUCUGGAGAUGAAGAUAGAAUUGAGUGGUCCAGCACUCCUAAGGUUAGUGAGCUGCCUUCUGGAGGUGAGGGCCUGGAGGUCUCUGCUUCUGGAGUAGGGGACCUCAGUGGACUUCCUUCUGGAGAAGAAGUUCUAGAGACUUCUGCCUCUGGAGUAGGGGACCUCAGCAGGCUUCCUUCUGGAGAAGGUCUAGAGACCUCUGCCUCUGGAGUAGGAGACCUCAGUGGACUUCCUUCUGGAGGGGAAGUUCUAGAAACCUCUGCCUCUGGAGUAGGAGACCUCAGUGGAGUUCCUUCUGGAGGGGAAGUUCUAGAGACCUCUGCCUCUGGAGUAGGAGACCUCAGUGGAGUUCCUUCUGGAGGGGAAGUUCUAGAGACCUCUGCCUCUGGAGUAGGAGACCUCAGUGGAGUUCCUUCUGGAGGGGAAGUUCUAGAGACCUCUGCCUCUGGAGUAGGAGACCUCAGUGGAGUUCCUUCUGGAGGGGAAGUUCUAGAGACCUCUGCCUCUGGAGUAGGAGACCUCAGUGGAGUUCCUUCUGGAGGGGAAGUUCUAGAGACCUCUGCCUCUGGAGUAGGGGACCUCAGUGGACUUCCUUCUGGAGGGGAAGUUCUAGAGAUCUCUGCCUCUAUAGGGGACCUCAGUGGACUUCCUUCUGGAGAAGAAGUUCCAGAGACCUCUGCCUCUGGAGUAGGAGACCUCAGUGGACUUCCUUCUGGAGGAGAAGUUCCAGAGACCUCUGCCUCUGGAGUAGGAGACCUCAGUGGACUUCCUUCUGGAGAAGUUCUAGAGACCUCUGCUUCUGGAGUAGGGGACCUCAGCGGGCUUCCUUCUGGAAAGGAAGGUCUAGAGACCUCAGCUUCUGGAGCUGAGGAUCUCAGUGGAUUGCCUUCUGGAAAAGAAGACCUGGCAGGGUCUGCUUCUGGAACCUUGGAUUUUGGCAGACUGCCUUCUGGAACUGUAGGAAGUGGGAAAGCUCCAGAAGCAAGUGGACUUCCCUCUGGAUUUAGUGGUGAGUAUUCUGGGGUGGACCUUGGAAGCGGCCCGUUCUCUGGCCUGCCUGACUUUAGUGGACUUCCGUCUGGUUUCCCAACUGUCUCUCUAGUGGAAACCACAUUGGUGGAAGUGGUCACAACUACCACUGCAAGUGAACUGGAAGGGAGGGGAACCAUUGACAUCAGUGGUGCAGGAGAAAUAUCUGGGUGGCCCUUCAGUGAGUUGGACAUUAGUGGGGGAGCCAGUGGACUCCCUUCAGGAGCUGAACUCAGUGGCCAAACAUCUGGAUCUCCUGACAUCAGUGGGGAAACAUCUGGACUCUUUGGUGUCAGUGGGCAGCCAUCAGGGUUUCCUGACACGAGUGGAGAAAUAUCUGGAGUGACUGAGCUUAGUGGACUGUCCUCUGGGCAACCAGAUGUCAGUGGAGAAGCAUCUGGAGUUCUUUAUGGUGGUGGCCAACUAUAUGGCAUAACCGACCUGAGUGGAGAAACAUCUGGGGUCCCUGAUCUCAGUGGGCAGCCAUCAGGGUUGCCAGGGUUCAGUGGGAUGACACCUGGAAUCCCUGACCUGGUUUCUAGUGUCAUGAGUGGUAGUGGGGAAUCUUCUGGUAUUACAUUUGUGGACACCAGUUUGGUUGAAGUAACCCCUACUACAUUUAAAGAAGAAGAAGGCUUAGGAUCUGUGGAACUCAGUGGCUUCCCUUCCAGGGAAGCAGAUCUGUCAGGCACAUCUGGGAUAGUGGAUGUCAGUGGACAAUCUUCUGGAACAAUCGAUUUCAGUGGGUUUACCUCCCAGGCUCCAGAAUUCAGUGGCCUACCGCAUGAAGUAGCUGAGGUCAGUGGAGAAGCCUCUGGCGCUGAGACUGGGAGCAGCCUGCCCUCGGGAGCAUAUGAUGGCAGUGGACUUCCGUCUGGUUCCCCCACUGUCUCUCUUGUAGACAGAACUUUGGUGGAAUCUGUAACCCAGGCUCCAACAGCUCAAGAAGCAGGAGAAGGACCUUCAGGCAUUUUGGAACUCAGUGGUGCCCACUCUGGAGCACCAGACAUGUCUGGAGACCAUUCCGGAUUUUUGGACCUAAGUGGGCUGCAGUCCGGGCUGGUAGAACCAAGUGGAGAGCCACCAAGUAUUCCAUAUUUUAGUGGGGACUUUUCCAGCACCACUGAUGUAAGCGGAGACUCCUCUGCAGCCACUGGCACCAGUGGGGAGGCCUCAGGGCUUCCAGAAGUUACUUUAAUCACUUCUGAGUUCAUAGAGGGUGUUACUGAACCUACUGUUUCCCAAGAACUUGGCCAAAGACCCCCUGUGACACACAAACCCCAGCUUUUUGAGUUCAGUGGAGAAGCCUCUGUGUCUGGGGACAUUAGUGGAGCUACACCAACAAUCCCGAGUUCUGGGAUAGAAGAGUCAUCAGUCCCAGAAUCCAGCAGUGAGAUACCUGCCUAUCCUGAGGCUGAGGUGGGGGCAUCUGCUACCCCCGAGGCCAGUGGAGAAGCUUCUGGCUCCCCCGAUCUGAGUAAAACCACGUCUGCCUUCCGUGAAGCUGAUCUGGAGAGAGCCUCAGGCCUGGGGGUGAGUGGCAGCACUUUGACCUUUCAGGAAGGCCCCACAGAGGGGUCGGCUGCCCCGGAAGUGAGUGGAGAAUCAACCACCACCUACAAUGCAGGCACAGAGGCAUCGGGCUUGCCUUUAGCCACUCCCAUGGCUUCUGGGGACAGGACUGAAAUCAGUGGAGACCUGUCUGGUCACACCUCAGGCCUGGAUGUUGUCAUCAGCACCAGUGUCCCAGAGUUCGAGUGGACCCAGCAGACCCAGCGCCCUGCAGAGGCGCAGCUAGAAAUUGAGUCCUCAAGCCCUUUGUACUCAGGAGAAGAGACCCAAACAGCCAAAACAGCCACCUCCCCAACAGACACGUCCAUCCCAGCUUCUCCGGAAGGGACAGGUGAAUCAGUGUCAACCACUGCAGCCCCUGCCAGGUCCUGUGCUGAGGAGCCCUGUGGCGCUGGGACCUGCCAGGAGACAGAGGGACAUGUCAUAUGCCUGUGCCCCCCUGGUCACACUGGCGAGCACUGCAACAUAGACCAGGAGGUAUGUGAAGAAGGCUGGACCAAGUUCCAGGGCCACUGCUACCGCCACUUCCCUGACCGAGAGACCUGGGUGGAUGCUGAGGGCCGGUGUCGGGAGCAGCAGUCACACCUGAGCAGCAUCGUCACCCCUGAGGAGCAAGAGUUUGUCAACAACAAUGCUCAGGACUACCAGUGGAUCGGUCUGAAUGACAGAACCAUCGAAGGGGACUUCCGCUGGUCAGAUGGACACUCCUUGCAAUUUGAGAACUGGCGCCCCAACCAGCCUGACAACUUCUUUGCCACCGGAGAGGACUGCGUGGUGAUGAUCUGGCAUGAGAAGGGCGAGUGGAAUGACGUCCCCUGCAAUUACCACCUGCCCUUCACGUGUAAAAAGGGCACAGUGGCCUGCGGAAACCCCCCCGUAGUGGAGCAUGCCAGGACCUUCGGGCAGAAGAAAGACCGAUAUGAGAUCAAUUCCCUGGUGCGGUAUCAGUGCGCCGAGGGCUUUGUCCAGCGCCACGUGCCCACCAUCCGGUGCCAGCCCAGCGGGCACUGGGAGGAGCCUCGGAUCACCUGCACAGACCCCACCACCUACAAGCGCAGACUACAGAAGCGGAGCUCACGGCCCCCAAGGAGGAACCGCCCCAGCACGACCCACUGAGAGGAGCUUCCAGAACACGCCCAGGAUGCUGAGCCCAGGAGCCUGCAGGCUGACAGUGCGUCCCACCCAGAUGGUGUCCUCUUCUUGUCGCUUUUGUCAUAUAAGGAAUCCCAUUAAAGAAGAAAAAAAUAAAACCCACA